AGGUCUGGUCCAGCCACAUCGUUAUCUACCCGGAGGAUCGAGGAGCGAGCCCGGUGUGGAUGUCUCUGUCUCUCCCUCUCUCUCUCUGGAAUGAAUGAGGGGUCCGCUCGUCGGGGACGGACACCGGGAGAAGACUCAGAGGACUGCCCCGGGACGCAUGUGGCUGCUCCGUGUCCGCGCCGAGAGCAGCGGGUUAUUGCCGAUCACCGGUCGUAGUGAGCCUCUUUCUUUUUUCUUUUUUCCUUGCGGGAGCGCGCGGUGCGGCUCGUGUGUCCGUGACAGCAUCGUGAUGGCGCAGAGGAGCAUCCGGUGCUGUCGAGAAAUGCUGGACAUGUACGGACGGAUACGAGUCUGUGCGCCAUAUUCGCGAUGCACCUGCACCUCCAGGAAAUGAGCGGUGGUCGUGAGCUGAUGGACGGUCACAGUAUUGAUCAACCUGCUUUUUUUUUUACCUCACGGUGCUCUGCGCUACCAAGAAGCACAUGUGACAUCUUUCUCCACAGGCAUGGGCGACUGAGUCUUCUUUUCUACUCUUUUUCGUCUAAUUUCUCUUUGGGCCAUUGAAUUAAAUGCCAAUUUAAAGACCGAAUGUCACAAGAAGCUUCACACCACAUCAGAUGCAGAGGGCUUUUACUGUGACAUGUAUUCACUCUGAUCCAGAUGUGUUCAUGUUAGAGCAAAUACGAUAUUCUUUCACGCCUGGCUCAUUAUAAACCUGUGGAAUGCUCGAUGUCAAGAUGAAGGACUCGUGUCGCAUCUGUGGACGGGAGCUGUGCGGCAACCAGAGGCGAUGGAUCUUCCACCCCACCGCCAAACUCAACCUGCAGGUGCUGCUGUCCCAUGCCCUGGGGCUAGAGCUGACCCGGGACGGCAGAGGGGAGUUCGCCUGCUCCAAGUGCACCUUCAUGCUGGACCGCAUGUACCGCUUUGACACGGUCAUCGCCCGCGUGGAGGCCCUGUCCAUCGAAAGGCUGCAGCGGCUCCUGCAGGAGAAGCACCGGCUGAGGCAGUGCAUCGGCGGGCUCUACCGGAAAACGAAUUCAGAAGACGGAGCAGUGACCAUCGUUGGGGGUGAUGAAGCGCCAGGGGAUGGCAUUGUGGACAUUUCUGGUCUCACUCAUGCAAAGUACUGUGCCCUGCUCCAGGACGACCUGGUCUACUCUUUGUACGAGUCCUGGGCUGACGACAACCUCGACGGUCAGCAUCACCACCACCCGCAGUGUGCUGCGGGCGCGGGGUCGGAGGUUACAGUCGCAGGCUCACAGCGCUGUGUGCCUAGCACUCCCAGGAAGUGUCGGGGAUGUUCCCACUGGCGGGUUGCAGACUCUGACUAUGAAGCUGUUUGUAAGGUGCCCAGGAAGUUGGCACGGAGCAUUUCAUGUGGGCCAUCGACCAGAUAUUCGGCCAGUGCUAUCGGCAGCGUGGCUGGAGGAUUGGGAGCUGGUGGAGAAGGAGACGGACGAAGUGUGGACGACUCAGAAGAACCCCCCUCCUCUCUAACUCUGGUCCCUGGUUCUCAGGACCCCUCGAGGAGAUCAGAUAGCGAUCGCACCCUGGCUGGACGAGCCAGCUCCAGCCCUUCUGUAGCAUCCCUAGAGACCGCAGAGGAAUACACCCAGCCUGGAGCCAUGACAGAUGGUCCUCUGAGCUCCCCCAGGGAAGCCAUGGAUGACCAGAUAUUUGACUCCCUCUCUGAGGAGCACACCCCACAUGGUCAAGCCUCAGCUGGGCUCAGCCUCUCUCUGGCCCUCUGCUUGCUGCAGAGCUGUGCCGUCUACCGGCCGGUCCCGAGUUCGAAGGGGAGCAAGCUGCCUGUGCUGCUCAGACGGGGCUCCAUUAACGGAGCCACAAGGCUGGGAUUCCCCGAUCCUGUCCGUGGAAUGUCGUACGGAACUCCAGACAGAGAAAGUGACAGCCACAUGCCAACACCUGAGCUGGAGACCCCUCUGAUCAGGCUGGAUCAGGAUCUGAACCUGGCGGACAUGGAGGACCUAUUGGAAGAUUUGUACAAAGCGUAUCCUCCCCCACCUCCACACCAGAGUCUUGUGGAGGAGCAGCAGAGUCAGCUGAACCAGUACGAGUGUGCAGCCGGUCAGUGUGUCAGCGAGCUGCAGAAGGCCCAGCUCCAGGUCCAAUCCCUGCAGGCCAAGAUCCACGAGGGCGAGGCCAACAAUAUGAAGCUGCAGGUGAAGCUGAAAGAAAUGGAGUGUGAGCUGCGUUCGCUCCGCCAGGCUGCUCAGGGUCAGGAGAGAACUAUCCAGGGCCUCACCGAGUCGAUUGGCACAAAAGACAGUGAGGCUCAGGAGCUGUAUCACAUGAUUGAAGGGCAGAACGCCACUCUGUGUAAGCUGCAGGAAAUAGCGCACCGCAACCAGCUCACUCAACGCAAGGUUCCAGAGGGGGUCAGCGAGUCCUUGACGCUGACUCAGCUGCAGGGUGAGCUGGUGGGGGUGCAGAGCUCCCUGUUCUCCCUCGGUCUGGAGCUGGAGGCCAGCCAGAGGAGUCUGAGACAGAGCCAGAGAGUGGGAGACGACUUGGGGAGGUUCAAGGACAGACUGAACUCUGAUCUGCAGGAGGCUCUGCAGCACAGGGAGGUCACUGAAAAACACAACCAGGACCUGCGCUGUGCCCUUCAGAAGACUCGCUCUGAGCUUCAGGCUAAAGAAGCAGCUCUGAAGGACAGCGAAGCAGAGAAACACACUGAGGUGCAGGAAAAAGACAGAAGCAUCUCACAGCUCAAACGCUGUUUGCAGGACAAGGAGCAACAGCUACAGGAGUACUCAGACAUGUUGGAAUCAACAGGAAGCUCCAAGUCAAGAGAUGCCCUGCUGGAGAAACUGAGAGAGCGUAUUAAAGAUAGAGACAAAGCCCUGGAGCGCUCCAUCGAUGACAAGUUCCACUGUCUGGAGGAGCGCGAGGGCCAGGUGAGGAGGCUGCAGCUGGCUCUCAGGGAGAAGGAACGAGACUUGGAGCGACUGCGCUGCAUCCUGUCCAACAACGAAGAGACCAUCACGGGUCUGGACGGUUUGGUGCGAGGUAAAGAGCUGGAGCUGGAGCAGGCGGCCGAGGCCUACAGGAACCUCCAGUGGCUGAAGCAGCAGAGUGAGGAGAAGGAGAGAAACACUCUGCGAGAAAAAGAGACCGUCAUCCACCAGCUGCAGGCUGCCCUGCGGAGCCGCAGUCAGGAGGCACAGGACCUGACAGCCACCCUCGUCGCCCGAGUUCAGGCCGGUCCCACUGAGGUCGUGGAGGAGCUGAAGGCUCGGCUGGUGCUCAAAGAGAAGCUGUUCCAGGAGCUGCUGUCUGACCGCAGCCGCCAGUCCAAUGAACACCAAGCACAGGUCCAGGAUCUGCUCAACGCCCUCAGCUCCAAAGACCAGUAUCUGCAGGACUCCUCGUACAGACUGUCCUUAGUGAUCAGUGAGCGGACCGGCCAGCUGCAGGAGCUUCGCAGGCAGCUGACGCUCAGAGAGCAGGAGCUGUGCGAGCUGAGGCGGGACAAGGAGAGGGAGGUGGGAGGAGAGACGGAGCGCCUGCAGCGUCUGCUCAAGGAGAGGGAGGCUUUUAUCAAGGAGCUGAUGCAGGGCCAGGAAGAGGCAAUGCAGCUGUCCUCUCAGGAGGGUGAGGCAGAGACCAAGGCUCUCCAGGAGGAGCUGCAGCUGGUGCUGAAGAAGGAGAGGGCGGCUCAGGAGGAGCUCUCUGCUCUGCGUUUAUCUCACCAGCAAGUCAAAGUAGUUGCCACAACAGACAGCACUGAUCACCAAUGUGUGCUGGAGCAGCUUGUGUCAGAGUACAACAAGCUGAAUGAGGCCAUGAGGGCGGAGAAGAGAUUGUACCAAAGUCUCAUGCACAUUCACACCAAGAGUGACAGCAGCUCAGAGAAGAGGCAGGCCCUCCACACUGAGCUCGACUCGGUACAGGCACUCCGUGGACAGCUGGAGGAAGUCCUGGCCCGGACCCGGAACAUGGCCAUGGUGCUGGAGAGGGCCGCCACAAGGCAGCCCGACUUUGGAGAUCUCAGCACAGAGGAAGAGGAGGAGGAAGGAGAUGACGAAGAUGGCAGCAGUGACGAGUUCACGGACAGCAUAGAGGAGGAUGACGAUAAAGUGACGGCAGGAAGUUUGUCCUUCACUCAGACCUCUGUGAAGUCUCAUGAAGCUGGGGGUGUGACCGGAGGGCUGGUGAGGGAGUCACUGUCCCAGAGAGCUGAUAUAAAGCAGCUUGAGGAAGCAAAGAAGACUCUCGAGGGGCAUCUUGAGGAAAUACGGUUACAACUGGAGAGGGAUGGAUACACAUCUGUGGCCCAGAUGAGGAGUGCAGUGCAGAGGCUGCAGAAGGAGAACCAGGCUUUGAAAGAAAGCCAGGGACGAGCUGGGGUCCUGGGACUGAGGACAGACACAGGGAACAAUCACGGGAGUCUGAACUGGGAAGAGGAGGAGGAGGACGACGAAGAAGAGGAGGAUAUUGAGGAGGAAGAAGAGGAGGAGGAGGAAGAUGAAGAGAUGGGAACAUCUCCGGUGCCUGUGGGGAAGCGUCGUCCUCUGAGUGUUAGUCUGAGUGAGGAGCGAGGGAAGAGGCUCUGCACGAGGCCAAGCUCUCUGGACCUGAGCACGUCGACGUCCCAUCGUCACACACUCCAGACUGAGAAGGAGGUGGAGCCCGCUGGUGACAGGAGCGAGGCGGGAGCGCUUUGGCAGCAUGUGGACGAGGGUCUCGGCGAGCACGCGGCCCGCCUGCACUCCGAUCUGGUUCUGAGCCACCAGGAGACCAGAGAUCUGCAGGAGAGACUCAUGGUGUCUGAGGCCACAGUCCACGCUCAGGCGGAACAGCUGAAGGACUACAGAGAUCUGCUCACAGAGACGUCGGUCCAACAGGCCAAUAAACAGGUGCAGGUGGAUCUUCAGGAUCUGGGUUAUGAGACUUGUGGUCGCAGUGAGAACGAGGCUGAAAGAGAAGACACCAGCAGCCCAGAGUUUGAUGACCUGGAGAUGUGCACAGCACUGUCCCAGCAUCAGGACUAUGAGGGUGCGGGCAGUGGCUGGUACGCGGGUAACGGCAACAGAGGAGCUUAUGAAAUGGCGGAUGAGUCCUCUCUCCAGCAUCUUGUCCUGGAUCUGCGCUCACAGCUGACCCGCUGCCACAAGGUGAUCCGUGGGCUGCAGCUGCGUGUCCGCUCCCUGUCUGCCACCAGCGACUACGCUUCCAGUCUGGAACGCACCCCUCGCAAGGUAAACUGGGCCUUCGAGACAUCGCCUGCCCCAAGCGGUGCGGAGGAGGAUGAAGGCUGGAUGUCUGACACACAAGGGAUCCGCUCAGGGCCCAAACCCAGCAGGGAGCUGCAAGAACUGAUGGCACGUGUUGCGUCAUUGGAGGCCCAGCUGAAGAGCUCCGGACGGGAAGGGAAAAGCCAAGAAGAGGGGAAAUGUGCCACCUGGCCUGGGAAGUACAACAAUCUGAUCCAGGCACAAGCUCGUGAACUGUCGCACCUGAGGCAGAGGAUGAGAGAGGGACAGGGAGUCUGCCAUAUCCUCACCCAGCACCUGGGUGAUACCACUAAGGCCUUCGAGGAGCUGCUGCGAGCUAAUGAUAUUGACUACUACAUGGGUCAGAGCUUCAGAGAACAGUUGGCACAGAGCACUGCCCUGGCACAAAGAGUGGUCACCAAGAUCAGUGGACGCGAACGUGCAGAGAGCCAUGAUGACAAGGCGGGCCAUGAGCUGCUUGCCCUACGGCUGAGUAAGGAGCUGCAGCAGAAAGAUAAAAUCAUCGAGUCGCUUCACACCAAGCUGCAGCAGCGUCCUGAGACCCCGUCCAGCUGCCAAGCCCUCUCCGAGACCACCGACCAAUCAGACAGGACCUCCUUGGUGUCCGACGAGUGCAGAACCAAUGAAGACUUGGAGCUGUGCUCUGAUUUGGACGCCAGAGAGUACCGGGAGGAGCACCGGCUGCGGCAGCCAGGACCAGACUCAGAACCAGAUGUCCGUCCAUCUUUCCCUCCUCCUCAUGGCCUCCUCAAGUCCUGCAGCAGCUGUCCCAACAUGCUUUGCUCAGCCCGUGUUGCUUUGACCAGUCAGAGCUCCAGAGCCCUUUUCAGUGAACCCAUUUCCUCCUUCCCCUCUGUGCCCUCUGGCCCUGACGUCUGGGGUAAGGAAGUCACUUCUGACCCCCGGCCCAGGGCCCUGUCUGUGAUCGCUGUUCGGCCAGAGCUCGACACGCUGUACAAACAGAUGUAUGAGCGGAACAGGGGUUUUGCAGUUCCCCACGACAAGGCCCUGUUCACUCUGCCACCUGGUGCCCAAAACCAGCAUGACCUCUCCAGCUACAGCUUGCUAUCCCAUCAUGCCUUUCAACAGCACCAGCUGGGUGGCAUCCCCGAAGGCCACUCGCUUAAAUCCGACUCACGUCCAGCGACGGGCGGGACUUUGUGGGACAUGGAGAACAUGUCUCAGCCAGUUGGAAGCUAUUCUGGGUCAUCUGGGCACCAGCCGGGAAACGGCCAUGCAGGGGUAAAUUUGAUAGAGGAGCACCUGCAGGAGGUGAGGUGUCUCCGUCAGCGUCUGGAGGAGUCCAUCAGGACCAACGAGAGGCUCCGCCACCAGCUGGAAGAGAGACUGGCAACUGGGGGGCGUGAUGGAGGGGCACCAACAAACAUCUACAUACAGGGACUGGAUACAGUCACACAACUGUCCAAUGAGAUCAGAGUCCUGAAGCAAGAAAACCUGGGUCUACAGACACGCCUGCAGGCCAGCACAGACACGUGUGAGGAGGUCGUGCAGCUGCGGGAGGCCGUGUUCACAGCACGGGCCCGUCUGAAGCAAGCCGAGCUGGAGGCCGAGCAGUGGAAGGAGGAGUUGAGACGACUCCAGACCCACAGUCAGGAGCAGGGGCAGCAGAUACAAACACUGAGGCAGGAGCGACAGGCCGGUCAGGAGAGAACCAACAGGCUCCAGCACGAGGUGUCUCUCCUGCAGCAGCAGCUAUGUGAGAGCAGGGAGCUCAUCCACUCCCUGCAGAGUGAGCUACAGGUUUACGAUCGAGUGUGUUCCGGCACCAAGGCCAACAAAGGCUACCUGUGUGAGCUCCCAGGUCUGCCCGUGGAGCUGGGGGAGCUGCUCGGGGAGGUGAGGAGUCUGCGGGCCCAACUGCAAACCAGCGUCCAGGAGAACAGCGCUCUCAAACAGCUGGAGCUCCACAAGCAGCUGGAGCAGAAGCUGGGCGCCGGCUCCCCGCGGACCCCCUCGCUCUCGGCGCUCACAGCCAGCCCUCAGAGAGAAAACUUCUACAGGCGUCAGCUGCUGCACGACCCAGCUCCGUCCCCACCGGUCAGGGACAUUGGUCUGUUUAACUGUGGCUCACCCGGUCCUCCCUACUCAGACCUGGACGACAGCCAUAGCACUGCUAACGCAGACACGCUGGACCCUCACAGUGAGCUAGAGGGGGAGGCCCCCGACGGAUCGUUUGCCAACCGUAACGGCCGCCACGCCAUCGGUCAUGUGGAUGAUUUCGGUGCUCUCCAACAGCAAGUCCUAGAGGGUCGGAGCCUCGUCCAGCGCAUGGAGACAACCCUGCAGGCCUGCCUUGGCCCGCCACUGCUGGAGGGCACCCAGAAACAGAGCAGCAAUCUGGUUCUGGACUAUGGAUGUGUGAAGAGUCUGCUGUGCCACACCAGGACCCUGAGGCAGAUCCUGGAGGAGUCCAUGUCUCUGCUGAAGAUGUUCUGGAGAGCAGCUCUGCCCAGCAGUGAUCCCUCCAUCCAAAACCCAAAGAAGGAGCAGUGUAUGCAAGAAGAGAUCUUGUCCCUGAAACUGCGUGUGUCAGAGCAGGAAGAGGUUCUGAAAGGGACAAUUCAAAGACUGAGGAGCACCAGCCGCACCAAGGAGAACAUGGAGCACUUCAUAGUGAAUCAGUUGUCCAGGACUCGUGAUGUGCUGAAGAAAGCAAGGACAAACUUAGAGAAAAACGAGCUGAGACUUUCCUCUCUAAGCUCCCCCUCUUCUUCUCCUUAUGCUGGUAACUCUCUGACAUCUCGUGGCCUUCUGAGGACCCAGGAGGUGGUGCCAGAGAGUGGCCUGCUGAUCGCAGUGUCCUGAAGACCAGCGGCGCUGCGGCCAAUCAGCGCCCGGCGACGAGGAAGCGCAGCAGCCAAUGCCUGCUUUAGACUGUUAAAGAACCAGCCUCAAUGCUACCAGCUCUGACCUCUAUGCUCAAACAGCCAAGACCGCCAGCCCCCACCCACUCCCUUACCCCCAACCUUUGCCAUGAGAGUGCUUCCAUCCAUCCCUCCUCUGGGCAACAUGUGCACACUAUAAUCUGCACCUUGAGCCUUACUGAACACCUUUCACUCUCUUGCCCUCACCCUUCCCCACCAUGUAUUAUUGUCUUUGAGUGAUGAAGUCAGCAGUUUGCCUUGUGUGUGUGACAGAAGAAGGUGUGUGAAAUGUGCCUCUGAUGGUUUCAGUGAGCGUACGUCCUGCUGAUGGAGCUGGUUGAAGAUGCUCUUAGACGCUGAUCUCAGACCAUGAUGUGUGAUCUGGUUUCAGUACAAGUUGUACGACCGAAAUGUUUCGGGUGAUCUAAAUUCAAGUUAGACAAUAGACAAAGAUUUCCCAUUGGACAAUGAAUUUGAAAGUUUUUGAAAUUUCAACCUUAAGAAAAGGAAAAAGGUCUUUAUUUCAUGGGUCUGUCUAUAAGAGCAUCCUCUCCUGUGGACAGAAUAGAUGUUCAUGUAAUGUUUAAAAUGGCUUGUGAGAGGAAUACUGCACACGUUUGUACACACAUUUUCAUAUGUGUGUGAUCGAACACAGCUCACUCAAAGACAAGACGUCCUCCACUACAACUGCCACAGAAAUGUUUACCUCUUGUGGCACUCUCAUUAUCAAGGACUUCUUUUUUUUUUUGCAAAUGCAAUGCAAAAAACAAUGAUGCCCACAAUGCACCACUAAAAACACAGUGGAGGAAUGUAGAGCAGGUAGGUGAUCACAGCAACACCGUUGUGUACCAGCUAUAUCUGUAUUUGUGGAGGAAGCUUAUGAAUGAUAUGUCAGCCAUUAGCCAAGGGUUACGAAUAGUAGAACAAAAGCCAGACAACGGUUCCAUUUCAGUCUUUUGGCGCCAAAGUGCAGUUAUGAAAGGAAAAAAAAGAGUUGGAUAAGUUAAAUUCUGAGGCCACUUUCUGUUUGGUCAGUUAGCGUGAUGCAAACUACAGUGCGUAAAAAGAGGUCAAAGUGCUCAAAUGGAACCAGGCUAAACACGCGUAUUCAAGCUCCUCUGUAGGAGUUCUCAUACGAGCAUGUGCAAUAAUAAUGUUGUUUCUUGAAUUAUCAUGCUGCACCGGGUUAAUAUUAUUUCUUUGCCUGACACUGGAUUAUUAGUCACACGCAGAAUAAUGUUAGGACACGGAUCAGUGUUAUGAUUGUACUUUUUUCUGAAGUGUCGAUGCAUGACAGAGACUGAUAAACUGAAUAACCUGAGCUAUGGAACAGGUGAUUGCCAAUACUUGCCAAAGUUUGAAAUUUGAACUCUUUAUUUCACUUUGACUUGCCGUGUCCAUGUAAAUGACAAACUGUCUGAUCAGACUGUAGAGAUACUCAGGUGUCUAUUUUUCCCCAGAGUGGAUCGAGAACCACAGAGACGGUAACCGUGAGACAGCUGGUUCAAUCAAUUUCCGAAUUGUGCGACAAAAAAAUUUGCUCCUUUUAUGGACCAAAACUCAAAGGUGGAUUUUUAUUUUUUUCCUCCACAAGGUCACAUACUAUAGUCUUUAUGUUAUUUCUUUUGGUCCAGGCCAUAUUUACAUUCCCAUGGCAAUGGCAAAAUAGGUUAUCAAGUUCUUAAAGAUGACACAAACUUUGGCAGGGUACUGGUGCGACCAUUGUUCUGUAAUUCACUCACUUGUAUCAGUUGAUUUUCACAUUUAGUUUGAUGUGUUUCCUUGCUGUACAUUUGCCAUUUUGUGCUGUAAAUAACCAGCUGUUACUGUAUGAACUUUAUGUUGUGUGUGUGUGUGUGUGUGUAAGUGCAUGAAAAAAAAAUCCAACAUUUGCUUUUUGCAAAGUUGAUCAUCUGGGUAGCUGUGCAAUAGCUUUCUAUAUUUUACUAUGAUGUUAAACAUCAUUGUAUUACAGCCGUUUGCUACAUUCACGUCCUGCAAUGUAUGAUUCAUAUGCAGUGUAUGUUAGAGGAUGGUGUCAUCUUUCAAUCAGUCAGAUAGAUAGGAAAUCAUAAACCACGCCUUCAUGACAUGUGAGACACUGAUCACAAUAUUGUUCACCUAUAACAAAGCUUGGAUUAAUGUUGCUUCGCUUGUCUUUGAAUUUUAGCCGGAGAGCUUCUUCGAUCUGCUCUGCGUGGUAGGAAUGGCCUUAAACUAGUGCUCGUCUACCUGAAAUCUGCCAAAUUAGGUUUUAUUUACGCUUGAGUCUUCUGAAAAAGACAAGUAUUUGAGGCAUAAAGUUUGAUUUUUCCUUCAAAAUUAAAGAAGUUAAAGGGAAAAGCUUUUAAAGAAUUGUCUACUGUUAAAAGAAAGAGAAAAAAAGCCAAUGACUAGAAAGAUUGUGAAAUGCUGGAGCCACAAAGCACCUUUCUAGAGCGUAAACAAAGCCUUAUUGCGUUUUAUUAAGAAGGGAAUCAAACAGCAGUUUGAAACGUGUAAUGUAUUGUUGGCCCUGGGUUGCAUAUGUAUAUACUGCUAUUUGAUUGGUGCAGCUUUUAUGUGAUUGGAAAGCAGCUUUGUUUCUGAAUUUGUUGUAUAAUGAACUAGAAAGCCGAUGCAGGACUUAUUUGGUUCCUGUCUCUGAUGACAGUUAACAGCGUGUUGUGUUGGCACAAAUGUUAUCAACGAAAGAUUUUGGGAAAGAAUGAAUAAAACACUUCAAAGC